CGGUGGUUUGGCUCUAUAAAGGAGCUCUUGUCUGUGAAGCAUUCCCUUGUUUUGUCAAGUGAAGAGAGAAGGCUGCUUUGGGAGGAGGAUAAUACAUCGGUGGCACCUGAAUACCUGAACAGCAGCAAAGAGCACUCCCCCUCCUUCCAUUUGCUUUGCAGGAUGGGGAUUUCAUUACCUGGCUUUCUUAAGUGCUGUGGAAGAACAGACAGCAAGGAUUUGGGUACACAUGUGGAAAGUACAGAUGAGAACAAAGAACGAGGGAACUGGUCCAGCAAGUCUGAGUAUCUGCUGUCCAUGGUGGGAUAUGCUGUAGGGUUAGGAAAUGUGUGGAGAUUUCCAUACCUCACCUUCCAACAUGGAGGAGGUGCUUUUCUCAUCCCAUACGCUAUCAUGCUAGCUCUUGCUGGUCUGCCUCUGUUUUUCCUGGAAUGUUCUCUUGGGCAGUUUUCAAGCUUAGGUCCAGUAGCGAUGUGGAAAGUCCUCCCAAUUUUUGAAGGUGUGGGAAUCACAAUGGUCCUCAUUUCCACUUUGGUGACUAUCUAUUAUAAUGUCAUCAUUGCCUACAGUCUGUAUUAUUUAUUUGCCUCCUUUACAAGUAUAUUGCCGUGGUCUGAAUGCUUUGAAUGGGCAGAUGAAAAAUGCAGCAAGACACCAAAAGGACUCUGCAAUGUAACCAUAGGAGAGGAGGACAUUGGAAUGGUAAAUCUAACAUGGGUGAAAGCAAACAAUUAUACUUGUAUAGCAAAUUCAACAUUAUAUCUAGAGACUGAACUUCCAAGCAAGCAAUACUGGGAUAAAGUGGCUCUGAGGCGUUCAGGUGGACUUCACGAGACUGGCAAUGUUGUAUGGUACCUGGCACUCUGCCUUCUACUAGCAUGGAUAAUAAUUGGAGCUGCAUUGUUUAAAGGAAUAAAGUCAUCAGGCAAGGUGGUAUACUUUACUGCAAUAUUUCCAUAUGCCGUUCUGCUUAUACUCUUAAUUCGAGGGGCAACACUGGAAGGAGCAUAUGACGGCAUCAGUUUUUACAUUGGGACACAAUCAGAUAUUUCAAAACUAUCCAAUGCGGAUGUGUGGAAAGAUGCUGCCACUCAGAUAUUUUUUUCCCUGUCAACUGCAUGGGGAGGACUUGUGGCACUGUCAUCAUACAACAAAUUCCACAACAACUGCUAUGCUGAUGCCAUUAUGGUGUGCAUUACAAACUGCUUAACCAGUGUGUUUGCUGGAUUUGCCAUAUUUUCUAUCCUUGGACAUAUGGCUUUUAAAGCUGAAAAAGAAGUAAAGGAUGUGGUAGAUUCAGGAUUUGCAUUGGCAUUUAUUGCAUAUCCUGAAGCAUUAUCUCAGCUGCCGGUUGCACCUCUGUGGUCAAUCUUAUUCUUCUUCAUGCUACUGACAUUAGGGCUGGAUUCUCAGUUUGCAUCUGUUGAAACAAUAACAACCACCAUCCAUGAUGCCUAUCCCAAAGUAAUGAAGAAAAUGAGAGGAAUUAUAACCGUUGGAGCCUGUAUAAUGUUCUUCCUUCUUGGUAUUCUCUGUGUCACCCAGUCAGGAAUUUACUGGGUUGAUCUGAUUGAUUAUUUCUGCGCUGGAUGGGGAAUCCUUAUUGCUGCAAUUCUGGAACUCGUAGGAAUCUGUUGGAUUUAUGGUGGCAAUCGCUUUAUUGAAGAUAUUGAGAUGAUGAUUGGAAAGAAGCACUGGAUCUUCUGGCUGUGGUGGAGACUCUGCUGGUUUUUCUUAACUCCCCUACUAUUAACAGUUAUCUUCAUCUGGUCGCUGGUGACCUUUGACACCCCCAAGCAUGGUAAUGUUGCUUACCCCUCCUGGGGUGUUGCCUUGGGUUGGUGCAUGAUCAUUUUCUGCAUCAUCUGGAUUCCUAUACUUGCUGUUGUAAAAAUCAUAAAGGCUAAGGGAACCCUAUGGGAGCGCUUCUUGAAGAUUUGUGCUCCAACUCCAGAGUGGGGCCCUGCAUUAGAACAGCAUCGACUGGGAAGGUAUAAAAUAACAGAUAAUCUUCACAAGACCAGGAAUGCUUUAGAGAUUGCAACCAUUGAGGGAGGCUUGUCGGGUUAUGACAACAAAGCAUUCUCCUAAUAUUGACAACUAUAUGUGUAUGAAGACUUUAAGAAGACUGAAAUCGAAUUUGGCUACCAUAGGAUUUUUUAUAGUGUCUGAAAUUACAGACAGAAAAAAACAUCAAGAAGACAUAUAGAAUGUCUCCAUGGAAUUCACUCCUUCCGCUGAUUUGUCAGAAAGGACCUUUGUGGAGCACAAAAAAUAAAUUGAUGUUCCAUAUACUCACAAUAGUUGUGAUGUUCAGCGAGUAUUAGAUUAAAUGGAUCCACGUUAAAGUGGACUAGAAUUUUAAAUUGUGCUCUUUACUUUGCCACCGCUCAUAUUGGUUCUUGUAUAAUAUGUACUAUACUUUAAUGGAACCUUUUUAGAAAAUAAAUCCUAACAUAUUGUACUGUAUGAUGUGAAGGAUAGUUGAAAGCUUUUAAUACUUCACACACGUAAUGAGUUUUACCUGGAAAUUCUUUUAGGGUGUUUUUUUGUCAGAAAAUGCUUUUCCUGGAACAAUUUCUCUUUAUUAUUUGUAUUUACCUUAAUAUACGUACUUUUAUUUACAGUGUCAUUGAUGUUUUACAGUUGCACUUCACAUUGUUUUAGAUGUUUUUUAAUACUAGGAACAUUGAAUACCAUAUUUGCAGGCAACAAGAAAAUAACAAUAAAACAAUAAAAUAAAA